AUUGCACAUUUUAUAUUAGGAAACAUUCAACAUUCUGACAAUAACACUUUCCUGUAAGGGUGAUCUUCCCUUCAUAUCUUUCAUCACAAACCUCCAUAGAGGAGAAUCAUCAUCUUAUCUUCUCAACACUGAGUUUUUGAAAUGGCUGUAAGCCUUUCAUCUUAUGAAAAUGCAGAUGAUGAUUACAUUGACAUGGAAGUGAGCUCAUACUGCAAUUUCUUUAGCAACUCCGUGGCCAUGAACUCUCCUCCUCAUCCGAGGGAGUUUGAGUUCCAAAUGUCUUCAGCUUGUCUUGAGAGGGAGCCUUCAACUUCUCCUGCUGAUGAGCUUUUUUACAAAGGAAAACUCCUUCCUCUUCACCUUCCGCCGCGUCUGCAAAUGGUUGAAAAACUCCUGGAGAACACCAAAGUUGCAUUUGAUCAAGAUUUAUAUAACACUCCUUUGGCAACUGCCCUCACCACACCAACUACAGCUAGUACCCCAUUUGAGUCCUGCAAUAUUUCCCCCUCUGACUCUUGCCAAGUUGGUAGAGAGCUGAAUCUGAACGAGUACUUCUUCGAGUACUCAGAUGAAGUUAGUGGUUUUAUUGGCGAAAAUCAGGAGAAGUCCUGGACUAAAAUGCUGAAGCUGAUCAAACAUUCUACAAUUGGUUCAAAGUUGAAGGCCUCCAGGGCUUAUUUCAAGUCUUUGUUUAGUAGAUCUGGUUGCUCCAAUGAGUCCUGUACGGCUGCCAGAUCAGUUUCAAGUGAAGGACGAGUUUCAAAGGCUGAUGAGUGUUUAAAUAACUAUGUGAAUGUGGCAAAGAAAACUCCAUCCGGUGUUCUAAGGAGAAGAACUGAAAAAGAGAAGAUUACUGAAGAUACUGCAAAUUGCCAUAGGAGAUCAUUCUCAAUGGUAAUCAAGCAACAGUCGACAAACAAGUCCUCAUCCUCUUCAUCGUCAUCUGGCUCUUCUUCGUCUUCAAGCUCUAACGACUCUACCCGGUUCAAUAGGCUCCAGUUUCUCAAGAGAAGUAGCAGCAGUGCUCAUUCAGAGCUUGAGAAUUCUAUUCAGGGAGCAAUUGCCCAUUGCAAACAGUCUCAGCAGCUAUUCUGUUCCAGAAAGACUUUAAGUGAAGUAAGGUCUCAUUCAUUUUCAACUACCAUGAUUACAGUUUGUAAUGAUCAUUAAGGACCAAAACUUUGCAGGGGCUAAAGUUUAAAAUCUUUUACUUAA